UUUAUGGCGCCGUAUUUAAAAAUAAUUUAUUACAAAAGGAACAUGUUUUUCUGUUAAACAAAACAUAUUUGAGGCAGGAAAAAUCCCCUAUAACAUGAAAUGAAAUAUAUUUUUUAAUUGUUGAUAAGGUGACGGUAAGAAGAUUUAUGCUACAUUAUAGAAAACACAAUUAAUGUAUUGUUAAUACGAAGCUCUAAUUCGACAUGCUAUGUAAAUUUUGAUAAAAGUACAUAAUUUUUUAAUGAAAAUGUCAAACGUCAUAUCGUCAUACCGUAUAUAACCUCAACAUGUGUUCCACGUUAGUUGUCAGAAAUUUUCUCCAGAAAACAUUUUGGACUCGAGCGUUAACUACAUCAGCAACACUGAAAAAUAAUCAGGAAACUACGAAUAAAGAAGAACGUCAACUGGAAGUCCGUGAAAUAACCAAAGAUAGAACAAAACAGAUACCAGUGGAAACCAGCAUUAGAUAUCUUCAAAGUGCAGCUUAUCGCCAAACGUACGGAGAUCAACCAGUGUGGGUGUUGUAUCGAAGAAAUCACAAAGGUUCUAUUCCACCCAAAAAAACACGAAAAACCUGCAUCCGUCAGGGCCAAAUAUCAUGUGGAAACCCUUGUCCUAUUUGUCGAGAUGAAUACUUGGUUUUAAGUGAAAGUAAUGUGGAAUUAUUGAAACAAUUCAUUUGUCCACAUACCGGAAGUAUCUUAAGUUAUUCAAAAACAGGUUUGUGCCAGCGAAAACAUCAGGAAUUGUUGAUUAACAUAAAAAGAGCUUUUGAUAGUGGAAUGCUCACAUUUGACAUACCACAUAGACAUUACGAUUAUUCAGAGUACUACCCAGAGUUAUCACAAUAA